CCUACAGCAUACCCCGACUUCGACAUUCAUUCCGGAGGCAUUGCCUAGCUUUACUCGAGACAUCUCUCCUCCGCACGCACCAAGUAUCUCUUUAUACAUCCAAUCACAUAAUCAUUCAGAAAGCUGCACUCCUUCAAAAUGCAGCUCAUCAACACCAUCGUUCCUCUCCCCUUGUCCUCCACCCUUACUCUCGCUCUUCCAGUCGCCAAGCGAACAGCCGCCACCGUUCUCUCAGAUAUCUCCAGCAUCAGCUCGGAUGUCUCUACCUUAACCAAUGACGCCCUUGCCUACACUGGUGGACUCUUCCAAUCCCUCGCUCUUGCCAUCACAGUCGACUCUCUCGAGUCAUCCAUCACCACCGCUACAAGUGAUACUACCUCAUCUACGGCCUUCACCAGUGCCGAGUCUGAUGAGAUACUGCUUGCCAUUACCACUCUGACCCCAAACAUCGUUACUCUCCUGGCUGAUUUGGAUGCCAAGGCUUCCACUAUCUCCUCAGCUGGAUACACAUCCACUGUACUCAGCGCAGUGAAGAAUUUGCUUACCGACACUGAUGCAUUGUUUGCUGCUAUCGAGGCCCAGGUUGAUACUACUGAUACUGCUUCCAUUGCUACUCUUCAGGCUGAGGUUGAUGCUGUUUUUGCUACUGCCAUUGCCGACUUUUAGACAAGAGGAGAUUGUUGAAUGACGUGAGGGGGAUCUUCUUGACUGUUUUUUCUGCUAAUUGUAGAAUGCAUCUGGUUUUGAUGGGAAAUUGUAGGCAGAAUUUCAAUU